AUGGCAGUUUGGACAGGUAUGUUUUUGAGCACAAUCGGUGUUUACUAUGCUUACCAACAUUGGUCAACAAUCCCUUCAAAAAAUACCGACUUGGCGUCAAAUCUUCCAUUUGUUAGUGUCUACCUGACAUAUCUCGUCGCCUUCUUCUAUUUUCCUUUGAAGUUUCUUUAUGAGUCAGAUCUUAAAUGCGCCUGCUCUUUCAUCAUAACAUGCGAGACGACUAGGAUUGCAAUGAAAGUGCAUUCGUUUAUAAGGGAGAAUUGGAGCAGGGCAAUGUUGAGGAAAAGUGGAGGAGUGAUUGACUCAUGGCCAUCAAUCGAGCAAUUUUUAUAUUAUCAAUUCUGCCCAUCAUUCAUCUACAGAGACGAAUACCCUAGAACUGAGAAGCGGGAUAUGAAACAAGCUGGUCUUUAUUUCUUGGAAUGUCUUGCUCUGAUUGAGUUUGUCAAUCUUACCUACACACAAUGGGUCUUCCCUUGGCUCCAUGUUCAAGACUAUACUUCUUUGAGCUUUUCUACAAUUGCUCUGUCUCUUUUCACCGGAAUUAUCCCUGGAAUCAUUUGUUUAAUCACUCUGUUCUACGGACUCCUCCACUGUUGGUUGAACUGUUUUUCGGAAAUGAUGCAAUUUGCUGACAGGCAGUUUUAUUUGAACUGGUGGAACUCUUCGAAUAUGGCGGAAUACUACCGUAACUGGAAUCUUGUAGUUCACGAUUGGCUUUAUGCCUACGUUUUCCGGGAUUUGGCUGCUUACACUCCUGGAAGAAAAGGACAGAAAACAGCUCAGAUGGCAGUUUUCUUUUUAUCUGCUGUUUUUCACGAAUACUGGUUUGGAGUAGCUUUCAGAUGUUUUUACCCUGUGAUGUUUGUACUGUACUUUAUCUUUGGUGGCAUCUUUUUUGCUGUUUCUCGUCUUAUUACAAACCGAUCCGCUUGGAACACGGCUCUCUGGUUUAAUCUUCUUAUUGGAACUGGAAUGUUUAUUGCGUUCUAUGGACAGGAAUGGUACGCAAGAAGAGGACACUGUGCACCGUAUUCAAACGCUGUCGUAGAUUUACUGUUUCCAAGACAUUGGAAUUGCCAACCACCAAUCUCAUAA